GUUUAACGUACAGUACUUGAUUGUUAACUUAUCAACCAACGGAAACCGGAUAAGUGUAUCCGGAUAUACUUUCACACAACAUUAUUGUUUGCUUUGCGAUGAACCCUCCUCCGCCGCCGCUUCCUCCUGGUGGUCCUCCUUCGAUGGUACCUUUCGGCGGCGCGCCGCCAAUGAUUCAGCUGGGAAGCCGCCCAAUGCCUCCACCCAUGCAGCAUCACAUGAUUAUGCAGCCGCCCAUGCCUAGAUUUCGUGUUCCUCUUGAAAUUGGACCAUUGAAUGUGUUUGUCGGGAAGCUGCCGCCCGAUCUGCACGACAAUUACGUUCGAAAUUUGCUCGAGGUGAGUCUUGCUGUAUGAUGCGCCCUUGGUCGAACUCACCUGCUGGUACAAUCUAGCGCGUGGGCACAGUGGUGCAAUGGAAGCGCACGACGGAUCCAAUCUCGGGUAAGCCGAAAGCGUUUGGGUAUUGCACGUACGCUACUGCAUUGGACUGCAUUCGCGCGCUCAAGUUGUUGAACGGGUUUUCGUUGGAUUCGAAGAACAUCUUGUUGAAGGUGGACACGACAACCCAGACGAAACUGGACGAGUACACGGCGCAGAUGCCGCCACAGUUGCAAUUUGAAGAAGACCACAAGAACGAACGUGUCGCGGCGAUGCUGCAGCGCUUGUUCGAGGAGCGCAGUGGGCUGCAUGGCGGGUACAACAAUGACAUUGCGUCCUGGGGUGAUCUCAUGGAGAACGUCGACUCGGGGGCAAAGGAAGUGGUUCGAGGUGGCAUGAUCAUGAACGAAGUGGAAAAGUUCCGAUUGGCGCAAGAAGAGCGGGCGGCUCAACUCGAAGCCAAACGCUUGGCGUUGAUCCAGGAAAAGCUCCGUCGCGAUAAAGAAGAUGCUGAACGAGGGGCUUCCGACAGUGCCACCAAAGGACAAGACCCGCCGACGGCGGCUGUAUCCUCCUCGUCCCCCAACAAGGACGACUCUCGUCGGUCGUCACCUUCGCGCCGCAGCGACCGACGUCGCCGUAGCCGGAGUCGGAGUCGGGAUAGAGAGCGCCGGUACCGCGACUCUCGUCGCCGGAGAAGCCGCAGUCGCAGCGGCGACCGAGGCAGCCGACACGCCCGGACCAGUCCGGACACAUCGGCGAGAGGUUCCGAGGCGACGCGGCCGUCGGCUCCCCCUGCCCCCACGACCUCAUCGUUGGCGGCGACUCCAGCGACCCACGAAUCGGCAGCGACUCCCCCGCCGCUGCCCCCUCCUCGUGUCAUGGCCAAGAUUGAACUCAAGUUGCAAAAGAAGGACAAGGCGGAUGGCAAACCUGCCACGACGUCGGCGCCGUCGGGGGUGACCGUGUUUGGUGUGGACGACGACGACACCGCCAAGCCGCAGCGAAAGUUCGUCCCGUUGGACUACACGGACGAAGAGAAGCUGGCGGCGUCCGUCGAAGCCCAGGUGGCGAGAACGGUCGCGCGCAUCAACAGUCGGUCCGAUGGCGUGGAAGGCAUCAUUCGAAGCAUCCCCACCGACAAGAAGGGAUUGUUUCGGUUUCCUGUGGACUGGACGGCUGUGGACAAGUUGAAACUCGUGGAACUCAAGAUGAAGCCAUGGGUCAACAAGAAGAUCGUCGAGUACUUGGGCGAAGAAGAAGAGUCGUUGAUUGGGUUUGUACUGCGCCAGCUGAACCAACACACGGCCGCGCAGGCCAUCGUGGACGAAUUGGUGCCCGUGCUCGAGCAUGACGCCGAGAUCUUUGUCGUGACCAUGUGGCGCAAGUUGAUCUUUGAAAUGCUUCGGGCCGCGGCCGGCAACUGACAAAGUAAGACUGAGAACAAGCGCAUGUCUCUUUAUGCUCGAAUAUGAAAGGGGGUGUUUCUUGUGCACAAACCAACGUGGGAGUGAGUUUCGGAUGAUGGUAUAUUUCAAAGUCUGCGUGUCGAGGAGGUAGGAGACGACGAUAUCUCCUGAGGCAGUAGACGCUAUUUGAAUCUCCUAAGGUCCUUCUGGAACUCUUCCUUCAGUGCCUGCCCAAACUCUUUGAUGUGCUUGAACGCAGGAAGGGCUUCCUCCGGCUUGAUAUCCUUUUGCGCCAUCUCCGCCACCGUCUUCUUGGUCUGUUCCACGUGCAAGUGCGUGCGCAAGGCAAAGUUCUGGAACGCUUUGUUGUUGGCCAAUGUCUUGACUGCUUGUUCGUUCAGCAAGUUACUCAGCGCGCGACGGAAGAACUCGGCCAUGGCUCCUGUCUCUCGGAUGUUGCGAUUGUGGCUGACGACACAUCCAAGCCGAUUCCUUUCCCUGGCCAGUGAUUGGCUGCCCAUUUAAGGCCACUAUUCCAACAACAUCCGGCAUCCAAUCAGCAGGAGGCCGUUAUCCGGAUGCCUGAACGGUUCAACCAAAUGCUCAAAAACCUGCAUUCUCGCACAUUCAAUGCAGAGGCAUGAGGAUGAGCGCACUUUCUUAGCUUGGGCCAUG